GUUGAGCCGUUGAGGAGAAAAGCAUCUUCGUGAGGUUGAGGAGAAAAGUGUCUCUGCUGGUGGAAUGGCUGCAUCAGAUUAUUCUAGUUUCCACCCAAUUUCCGAACCAAGUGGAAGCGGAAGUCUGGCCAAGUCAAUGAAAGUUGAGGAAGACUUUGAAAGCUGAGUCAAGCUCUAUUGCUAUGCUUUGUGUUGGAAGAUUAAUGCAAGGUUAUGACAGUGAAGUAUUCCUACAAGAGCAUCUAAUUGGAAGGCUUUUUAAGGCAGCACAAAUGGAGAAACCAAUGAACUACAUUCCUUAAUUGACGAGGAUGAGCUAAUUCUUGCUCGCAGUUCUCUGCUGCUCUGCACAUUGCGACAUUAGCUGGGAAGAUCAAUUUCGUGGAGAAGUUAAUGACCCUCAAGCCUGAACUGGCUAAGAGACUAAACAGAGAUAGUGUUAGCCCAAUUCACAUGGCUUCGGCUAUUGGGUAUACAUAGAUAGUGAGAGAGCUCCUGUCAAGUGACAGGGAAAUGAUGAGUCAUCUUAGAAGUGGAGAUGGAAGAACAACACUUCAUUUUGCUGUAAUUAUAGGGACUACUGAUGUUACAAGGGAAUUGACCACAGCGGUCCCUGAGUGCAAGAAUGAUUUGACGAAUGAAGAAGAGUCUGUGUUUCACCUUGCAUGCCAGUUUGAAGAUAUUUGACUGCUUGUUCUGAUGUUCAAGGAAAUCAACUAACAAGAGCUGAAAGAGAUGCUGAAUGCUCAGGACUGCCAAGGCAACACAUUCUCCAUCUUGCAACCUCUAGAAAGCUGCACAGAGUAGGUUUAUUUAUCUUUUUUGAUUUCUUAUUAUUUUUGUAGUACAAAGUAAAAUAUGCAUGCUCAUGAGGUUCAAAUUAUAAAAUUCAUAAAAUUUUGACCCAUGUCUUUCUGGAUGAUUUUUGUCAGUUCUCUAGGUGUUGAAUCCUUUUACUUCCCUCCCUUGAAUAUGUUUAUUUGUGUUGAUGCAGUAUUUGAAUUUGAUGUUAUAUUGAAGUUCUAUAUUUUUUGCUUUGAUUUAUGUUCACAUUACCUAUCCAAAUCGACCCCAACAAAAAUCUCAGGAAUUUGACAAAUUGGUUGUUGGAAUUGGAGCACAACUCAUGAAAGCAAUACAAUUACUUUUUUAAGUUAUAUGAAGUGAACCAGUAGAUAUGGGUUAAGUGAUGAUUUGGGAUGGAUAACCAGCUCAUUUUAUAUGUCAAAAAUACUGUUAAAGUCCCGUUGGGCGAGGAUGAUGCCAUUGCUAUAGAUAAAGUGGACGUGAACGUCAAGGACAAGAAAAUUUUAACUGCUCUUAACAUGUCUGAUUUUCCAGAAAAGACUAUAAUUGAAGCAGAAGCAAAUGGGAAGAGCAUCCACAGAAUGCUUCAACGUGUAGGAGCACUUAGAAGCCAAGAUCUUGUUAUGCCUCAACAUGCAAAUCCUACGGUAUGUUUCCAUUGUCUUCCUGAGAAACUGCGUGAGUACUUCUCCGAACCAGUUUCCUCCUUGUUUACUUGUAAGAUGUGGUCAAAACUGAAAAGGGAAAUAGAAAAUUCAACCUCAGAGACGAGAAGUGCAGUGAUGGUUGUGGAAGUACUAAUUGCAACUGUCACCUUUCAAUUAGUUUUAAGUCCCCUAGGUAGUUUUCAACAAUCGAAUGAUGAUCAUGGGUUCCAAGAACAUUCAAAUGGAACGGCUGCAAUAGCAUCUGAUGUUGUGAUUUUCAUUACACUUAUGAUUUUGAACUUGGUCGGAUUCUUUUCUUCAAUUGCUAUGAUCCUAAUGCUCAUAAGAGGAUUUCCUCUCAAGAAUCUCCUGAGGAUUACUGUCUUAGCCACAUCUGGUAGCUUUCUGAUCACAAUAUUUUAAAUUGGACCAACUAAAUUCAAUGUCCCUUUUGUAGUGGCAAUGGUCAUGGCUGUUGCUGCAAGUCAUUCGGCUCAUUGUUUGGCUAGGAUAUACAUUUGUAGAUUUUCGAAGUUGUUGUCAUUCUCUUGUGCCAGAAAACAACAGUGGGGUGUAAGAUGAACUAAUUGUCUAUACAAUUGGUUAGUUUCAUAUAAGAUGUAGAAGUUGAUGAAUCUUGAAGUAGAUUUCCAAUCCUCUCAACUACGAGAAUGAACCCUAAAACCUAUUGAAUCUCUUCCUUUUGUAAUGCUCCCUUUGCCCCAAUUUUCAUUUUGUACAAUAUUUAAAGGUUUUGCGUUUUUUUAUUAGAAGAUAAGGUUUUGAUUUUUCAUUUCUUCUCUCUGUGAAGGUCAUGAGUUUUGAUUCUAUGAUUGUUUUCCCUAUUGGCCCCAUUUUCAUUCUAU